CAGUAUGCUGGCAGCUUAAUAAAAGUGGAUGGAAAAUUUUCCUUCUCAGAUGUACCCCAGAUCUCAGCCUAGCAGACAGCUCUUUCUUCUCUCACCAGCCACUGAGGCACAAUGAUACAAUUAAGGAUUUUAAUUUUCACGUCUGUAAUGAUCCCAUGGAUAAUGUCUUCUGUAGCAAACAAUGAAUACAUGGAAGCAAGAAAACCGGCAAAAGCUACAGAAAGCAUGUCUGACUAUGGCGUCCUUCGAGACACAGAUAGUGCAGUAACUCCAAAAGCAGAAGCUUUGCCGACGUGUCUACUGUGUGUUUGUCUGAGUGGAUCAGUUUACUGCGAGGACGUAUCCCCUGACAUGUCAGCCGUCCCAACGCUGCCAAAGGAAACAGCGUAUCUCUAUGCACGUUUCAACAAAAUCACCAAAAUACGCAACCAAGACUUUGCAGACACAGCUACAUUAAGAAGAAUUGACUUAUCUGGGAAUCUCAUUGCUGAGAUAGAAGACGGAGCUUUCUCAAAACUUCCCAAUCUUGAGGAGCUCACACUUGCAGAAAACAGACUGACCAAACUUCCCAUGCUGCCACCUAAGCUAGUAGCUUUUAAUGCCAAUUUCAACAAGCUUAAAACCCAGGGUGUAAAGGCAAAUGCUUUUAAAAAACUCACAAGACUGGCGUACCUUUACCUCGGAAACAAUGAAUUGACAGCCGUGCCCCAUCUUCCGGAGUCUCUUCAUGUUGUUCAUUUGCAUAACAACAAGAUCUCAACAAUAACAGAUGAGACAUUCUGCAAAGGAAACACCAGCCACUAUAUCAGGGCCAGUAUGUAUGAGGUGAGACUGGAUGGGAACCCCCUGAAGCUGUCACAGCACCCUAACAGCUUCAUCUGUCUGCAGUCUCUCCCUGUUGGCUGGUACAAGUGAAAUAUGAGAGAAAGUGAGGCAUACUUCAAGGGUUCUAGAGCCCGACCAAUCUAGGAUUUUUAAGACCCAUACUGAUAUAUGGAGAUUUAAAAAUCUGAAAUAUCGGAUGAUUUUUUUUUUUUUCUUUCAGGCAUAGAAAAACAAACAGCUUUCCCUAGCACUUAGUGUAGUUAUUCAGUCUUACUUGGUAAUAUAACAAAGUUGCAGAUUUACACUCUGCCCGACUCUGCUUGGAUCAGCUGGUUGUCACGUUCCAAACGUGCUGCCAACAGGGAAGUUGCAUUGUGCCCUUGGCGGACAAGCUAUGUAUGCAACAUCAUUGCGUUGUAACAUGCUUGAGGGGUGUUUCUCCCAUCUCUUCUUUACUUUUUAUAUUUUCGUUUAUUGGCUGAUAAAUGAAAAUUACUUAUCAAUAUGGAUAUAUUGGCAAAUAGCUAAUAUUGGCCGAUAAUAUUGGGGCUCUAGUCAGUUCUGUGUAAAGUUAAGGAUUAAGAUGCACAGGUAGUGCACAGAAAAAUAAUAAAUAAUGAGAAAGAAAGCUCUCAAG